UCGGAGCGUUGCCUUUUUGACCAGCACCAAAGGAAGGGAAAGAGAGACCCGACCUUCUUCCCCAUUUCCCUUAUCUCUUUCCGCCCCCCUUUAUUUUAUUCUCUCCCCCCGACUACAAAAGCCGCACCCGGCGACCAAACACCCCGCGGCCUCCUUCCCCUCUUCCCUCUCUUCGCUUCCCCUCCAAACUCUCUCUCUCUGUGGAGUCCUAAAAGAAGAUAUGUGCAGCGGCCCCCGGAAGCCCUCUCCGCCUCCGUCUCCCUCCACGGGCCCCGCCGACAUGAACGCCGGCGGCGACCCGAAGAAGCACGACGAGGCCGCCGUCCUCCUCGAGCUCUCCGCCUCCGACGACCUUCACGCCUUCAAGCGCGCCGUGGAGGAAGACGGCCUUCCCCUCGACUCCACCGCUCCCUGGUACUGCCGCUCCCCCGGCCGACGGACGAUGGGCUUCGAACAGCGGACCCCACUCAUGAUCGCCGCCCUCUACGGCAGCCCCACCGUGCUCGCCUACAUCCUCGCCGCCCGCCCCGCCGAGGCCUCUCGCCGCUCCCCCUCAGACGGCGCCACCCCCCUCCACUGCGCCGCUUCCGGCGGCUCCUCCUCCUCUCUCGAAACCGUCAAGAUGCUCAUCGACGCCUCCGCCGACGUCGACUCCCUCGAUGCCGCCGGAAACCGCCCCGGCGACGUCAUCGCCCGCCACUUCUCCAACUCCACCACUCGAUCCCUCGAAGUUGUCCUCAAAGCCUCCUGCCCGAGGGUUUCCUCCCCAGGAGGAGCAAAAGAAGUGGAGACGAAGUCCGGCGAGAAGAAAGAAUACCCACCCGACAUCACCCUCCCCGAUAUCAAGAACGGGAUCUACAGCACGGACGAGUUCCGUAUGUACACCUUCAAGGUCAAGCCUUGCUCCAGGGCCUACUCCCACGACUGGACGGAGUGCCCCUUCGUCCACCCGGGAGAGAACGCCCGGCGCCGCGACCCCCGGAAGUAUCUCUACAGCUGCGUCCCCUGCCCGGAGUUCCGGAAAGGUUCGUGCCGGAACGGCGAUGCUUGCGAGUACGCCCAUGGGGUGUUCGAGAGCUGGCUUCACCCGGCCCAGUACCGGACCCGCCUCUGCAAGGACGAAAUCGGCUGCAACCGCCGCGUCUGCUUCUUCGCCCACAAGCCGGAGGAGCUGAGGACCGUCAACCCCUCGGCCGCCUCCGUCACUGGGAUGGUGCUCCCCUCUCCGAGGUCAUCGUCGCCGGGGCUUUCGUCGUUGGACAUGGCUACGGCUUUGAUGUUGAUGCAGCAGCCGGGAUCGCCCAUGUCACCUUCCACUUCGUCAGGAUUGGGCGGGGCGACGGCCUGGACGAGCCAGCCGGGCAGCUUGAUGACGCCGCCCUCCCUGCAGCUGCCAAAUAGCAGGCUGAAGGCGUCGCUGAGCGCCAGAGAUUUGAGUUUCGACCUGGAUUUGCUCGGGCUCGAAGAGUACCAGCAGAAGCUGAUCGAUGAGAUCUCGUGCACCGCCUCGCCCAGGGCCAAUCGGACCCCGAACUCACGAGCCGCCGCCGCCGCCUCUCGCGCAUUGGAUUAUAACGAGCUAUUUGGUUCUCUUGAUCCAUCGCUGUUGUCUCAGUUGCAGGGGCUUUCUCUGAAACAGGCGGCAGCCGCCUCGGCCUCGGCUGGAGCUCAAUUCCAAUCGCCCACCGGAGUCCAGAUGCAUCAGUCUCCGUUACUUUCUGGCUAUGGAGGCAACUUGCCUUCUUCCCCAAACGUGAGUGCCUCUUCCUCCUAUGGGCUCGAUCAUUCGAUGGCGAAGGCCAUCAUGAACUCGAGGGCUUCCGCGUUUGGAAAGCGCAGCCAGAGCUUUAUCGACCGGGGCGCAACGGCGAGUCGCCAAUCGACCCUCUCUUCGAUGACGACUGCUGCAGCAGCAGCGGCUUCAUCGGUUCUUUCCGACUGGGGCUCGCCGGAUGGGAAGUUGGAUUGGGGAAUUCAAGGGGAGGAGCUGAACAAGCUCAGGAAGUCGGCAUCUUUUAACUUCCGAAACAAUCAGGCCGGAAGUGGCUUCGGAGGGGCGGCCCCGACGAGCGCGGUGCCGGUGGGCUUGGAUGAGCCCGACCUUUCUUGGAUGCAGUCUCUGGUUAAGGAUGGACCGGCAGCACCUAUUGGCCGGCGCGCCAUGGAACAGCAGCAGAAGGGGUACCAACUCAACGGUGGUGGAGGCGAAUUCCAUGGAUCGGGGCUCUUCUCUCCUUGGGAGGAGAAGAUUAUGGCGUAAACGCCAUCAACCAAUACUUUCCUGACAAAAAGUUCUUUUCUUCCUUGUGUUCUUUGAAUCAAUUAUAAUCCUAGCAGCGGCUGUCUCGUCCGGAAGACAACAAGCCCGAAGGGUAUCUGAGCUGAUUAGAGACCGUCCACAUCGUUCUUUCAUUUUCAUUUAUAUAUGUAGCUUAAAAAUAUGGAUGUAUAUAGGUAGAAGAUGGGUUUCCUGAAGAUUAUGAAGGAGCGGAUAAACAAAGAGUUGCAGAAGUUUUUCUUCUUCUUAUUGUUGUUGUUAUUAUUAUUAUUUUUACGGUCUUCUGCUAAAAGACCAUGGAAUCAUGUCAUCCCUGAGUCCUGUAUUUGUUGUGCCGAUCGCACUUUGUAUGGGCCGGGGUUUGUAUCGUAUAAGAUGUUUAAUGUUCACAGUUUCUUUUAUUUGAGCA